CAGUCCCUAAUUGUCUUCUUUCACCCAAGAAAAUUGGAUGCCCCUCUUCCUGCCUCCAUUGUAACUCACUGAUCAUCUCCUUGACUGCACAUUUGGCUGACCAGACUCCUCUUGAACUGGACACACCAAAGGCAGGCUUGUAUCUUCAGCAUCCAGUACAGCAAUGCCUGAUUCAUGGGAGGACAUAAGUCAACACAGAACAGAAAUACAGACGGGGAAGAAGGGAUCAACAGUCCCUAGAUUUCACCACAGGCACAUGCGGCGACUCAGCAGUUCACAGCUGUGACCUGUGUGGCAAGUGCUUCCGCCUACAGCGUAUGCUCAACCGGCACCUCAAGUGCCACAACCAGGUGAAGAGGCACCUGUGCACCUUCUGCGGCAAGGGCUUCAAUGACACCUUUGACCUGAAGAGGCACGUCCGCACACAUACAGGCAUUCGCCCCUACAAAUGUGACGUCUGCAACAAAGCCUUCACCCAGCGCUGCUCCUUAGAGUCCCACCUGAAGAAAAUCCACGGGGUGCAGCAGCAGUAUGCCUACAAGCAACGCCGGGACAAGCUCUACGUCUGUGAGGAUUGUGGCUACACAGGCCCCACCCAGGAGGACCUGUACCUGCACGUGAACAGUGCCCACCCGGGCAGCGCGUUUCUCAAAAAGACAUCCAAAAAACUGGCAGCCCUGUUGCAAAACAAGCUGACAUCCGCACUCCAGGGGAAUGCCAACCUGAGCGAGGAGGAAGAGAAGUGAGGAGGAGGAAGGGGGAGACGCCAAUGCUGACACGUUUACAUGGACUUUUGGUUUUGAGGGUUCCCCUGGCUCUUUCUAAUUACAAGUGUUCAGUUUAUCUCUCUGUCCUUUUGGGGCCUCGGCAGGGGGAUCUGCUCCAAGGCUGUCAGUUGUAAUGAGUGUGGUCAGGUCCCCCGUCACCCAUGCUCUGUUGAACACACUCAAGUUAAGGAAAGUUGAUCGGUAGGUGGCUGUGAUCAUCGUGCAGAACUUUUUGUGUGUUUUUUAGGAUUUUCAUACAUGGAAGCAGAUGUGUUCUUAGAGAGACCAUCAUAUUAUGGUGCCUUGAAAUAAAAGUACUUCCACUUGAAAUGCUA